AUGUCUAAUGAACAUCUAUCACAUCGCAAUGAUCUCAUAAUUACUGAAAAUAUAUUAAAUACUGUGUCAUAUUCAUGUAUAGUUCUUCAACUUCAAUAUAAUGAUUAUGGAAGAAAUUUCAAUAUAAAAAAGGAUGCUACAUUUAUGUUGACAGAUACAAUUAGUAAUGUUAUACAAAAGUUUUUAAGAAUUGCUAAUCUUAACGAUGUUCUUCCUGAAAAUGUGGUACUUGUUGAAUUUGUUUUUGAUAAUAAACAUAUGAUUCCACCUUCAUCAUAUAUACAUAUGACAUUAAAUGAUCUUAGAAUUAAACAAAAUUCUAUUCUCUAUUUUGAACCAUCAGCCGCUGUUGCUCUAACGAUACUUGGACCCAAUCUUAUUGAUAAAAGAGAAUAUCAAUGGAAUAUAGAAACAACAACAUUAAAAAUGCUUUUCGAAUUUGUUAUUACAGCAUUUUCAUUACAAUCGAUUAAACGUGAACAAAUUCAUCUUAUAACUAUGUAUGAUAAUGAACUUGAUAUUAUAUCAAAUUCUGAUAAAUUAUUAGUUGACUUAGGUGUUACUGAUGGCACAUGGAUAUCUGUUCAAGUUGUUGAAUCACAAUUAGGAACAUCUAUAGUUUAUGUUGAUUGUGCUUAUACAAAUGGACGGAAAGUUUUCGAAGUACCAUCUACAAUUUCAAUUGAAAAAUUAAAAAAUCGAAUCGAAAAAGAGUUUAAUGAUUAUCGUCUUCUUGAAUUCAAUUUGUUUAAUCGAAUGUAUGAAAAAAUUGAUCAAAAUAUGCCGAAUCAAAUGCUUUGUGAAUUACAUAUUAAACCUGGUCAAACUAUUUAUGCUUUUCUUCGUUUUACAUUUUCUGAUACUUCACCAUCUGUUUUGAACAAUAAUACAAGUAAUACAACAACAACAACAAGAACUUCAUCAUUAAUCAAAAAACCACAAACAGAUGAAGUUAAUGUUAGAAGAGCAGAAAAAACGCCAGUUCAGCAAUCUAAUGUCAAUAAUCGUUUUACUUCAUUAUAUACGGUGGAUGAAUUAUCAAGAUCUAAUACAUUGGAUACAUAUCCUAUUGGUCUAGAUAAUCUAAUAAAUACAUGUUAUAUGAAUAGUGCACUUCAAUGUCUUGCUCAUACGAUACCAUUAACUCAGUUAUUUUUAAACGGUCUAACUCAAAAUAUUACAGAUGAUAAUCGAUAUACAGAUCCUGAUUGGAAUCAAUUUUAUCAAGUUGGUACAGUAACUGGUGCUUAUGCCGAUGUUUUGAGAAAUUUAUUUUUAUCUAAUAGAUCCAAUACUUUUAAUCGCUCAUUUCGACCGAUUCGUAUGAAGGCAACAAUUGGUAUUCGAGAUUCACGUUUUGCAACUUUGGAUCAACAAGAUGCCCAAGAGUUUAUGAGUUUUCUUCUUGAGGAAAUACAUAAAGAAAUGAAAGAAACAAAUGGUAAUGAAUCGAAUAAUAUUAUAGAAGAAUUGUUUUUUGGAAAAAUACGAUCAACUAUAACUUGUCUUGCAUGUAAACAUGAAGUACAAGUAAUAAAUCCAUUUAGUAUUUUAUCAUUACCACUCGUUCAAUCAAGACGUCAAUUUACGAUAAGAUUUAUUGAAUUAAACCGUGAUAUUGGCGAAGCCAUUGUCAAUGUACCCAAGGAUGGUCAAGUCAAAAGUCUUAUACAAGCCUUUAGUGAAGCUUGGCCAAAUUAUUCGUUUUCUCGUCCCAUUAUAGUUAUGACAGAUGAUGGACAAGUUGACUUAGAAAAGCCAUUAAAUCAAUUGUCUACUACAGAAGUUGUACUUAUUGAACAAGAAGACUGGUCAGAUAUCGGACAAGUUAACCGAUUUGCUAAGAAAUCAAGACCAUUAACACUUGAAGAUUGUCUGCGAGAGUUCUGUUCCAUUGAAAAUCUAGAAGAUUCAUAUUUAUGUGAACAGGAAACAUGUAAGAAACGUACACAAGCUACUAAACAACUUCAAUUUUAUACUCUUCCACCAAUAAUUAUAAUUCAAUUGAAACGAUUUUCACACAAAGAUGGUUUACGAGACAAAAUACAAACAUUCGUUGAAUAUCCAAUGGAAGGACUUGAUUUAAGUAAUUUUCUAUUAUCAAGAGAAGAAGCUAUUUACGAUCUAUUCGCUGUUACUAAACAUACUGGAUCAAUCUAUGGUGGUCAUUACAUAGCAGUUGCUAAACAUAAAGCAAACGGCAGUAAUUUAUGGUACAAAUUUGAUGAUUCAUGUGUAUCAUCAUUUUGUUCUUCCAAUGAUAUCGUUUCAGACGAUGCUUAUCUUCUUUUCUAUAUUAAAAAAACAUAA